AUGAAACUCGACGCUAAGGCUAUUCGCUACCUCACCUCCGAGGAUUUCCGAGUUCUUGCAGCGUGUGAAGCCGGCAGCCGGAACCAUGAGGUCGUCCCAACGCCAUUGAUCUCACAGCUUUCGGGCCUCCGAGGCGGCAGCGGUGUCAAUCGCGCAAUCUCAAACCUCGCGAAAAUCAACUUGAUCGCAAAGGUCAAGAAUGCCAAGUAUGACGGAUACCGACUCGCAUACGGAGGAUUGGAUUAUCUUGCGUUGAACGCGCACCAAAAGUCAAAGGUCAUCUAUUCAGUUGGCAACCAAAUCGGGGUUGGAAAAGAAUCAGACAUCAUCGUGGUGGCAGAUAGCACCGGAGCGCAGCGCAUUAUGAAAAUCCACCGUCUCGGCCGUAUCUCGUUCCGAACAGUCAAGACAAACCGCGACUACCUACGACACCGCAGCUCAGCCCCAUGGAUGUACAUGUCUCGAUUGGCAGCAAUGAAGGAGUUCGCUUUCAUGAAGGCUCUGCGCGAGAACGGAUUCUCCGUCCCCGAGCCCAUUGCCCAGAACCGACACACCAUCGUCAUGAGUCUAAUUGAUGCUUUCCCUCUGCGCCAAAUCUCAAAAGUCGCCGACCCCGCUGGGCUGUACUCCGAGCUUAUGAAUAUGAUCUUGGAACUUGCGCGAUAUGGUCUUAUCCAUGGUGAUUUCAACGAGUUCAAUAUCCUUAUCAAGGAAGAGCUAGACCCCGAAAUGAAGGGGAAAGAGCUCACUGAGGAAGAGGAAGAUGAGCAUAUCCGGCUGGUCCCGGUUCUCAUUGAUUUCCCGCAGAUGGUGUCUGUCGACCACGUUAACGCUGAAAUGUACUUUGACCGUGAUGUGGAAUGUAUCAAGCGAUACUUCAAGCGCAAGUUCCACUUCGUGAGCGACUCAAAGGGCCCUACAUUCGCCGAGGCGAGAAAGAAGCUCCUCAAGAACCCCGGCAAACGUCUGGAUGUUGAAGUUGAAGCGUCAGGUUUCUCGCGCAAGAUGGCCCGUGAGCUCGAGGCUUAUAUGGCAGACGUUGGAGUCAAAGGAGAUGGAGAGGCUUCUAAGGACAGCGACGAUGAGGAUGAGGAUGAGGAUGAUGAGGAAGAAUCCGGAUCUGAAGCCGAGGAUGCCAGUGAUGCCCACGAGACCAAGGACUCCGAAGAUGUCGAUGACAACACCAAACGGUUGGAAGAACUUCGAGUCUCUGGAUCGGCGGAGCAAUAA